AUGGACAUGGACUAUAAGUAUUUCCUUGCAAGACAAACUGAGAAGGGGACGGCUUACCUAUGUGUGCUGUGUAUGGGAAAGACAACUGCUAAUCAGCGCAGUCAUUGCUGCAAUGACCGGCACCAAAUCCUAGUACGAGCCAAAAAAGACCGGGUCAAUUGCAUCGCCUCUUGGAGGGCGGAAAAUCAAGCUUCAGGCAAGUUGGCUUUCGUAAUUGAUGAGGGAAUCACUCAACUGCAUGUUGUUGUCAAUCAGAACCAGGAAACCUGUGUCAAUGGAUUCAGAUUUGAGUCGGAGCCAGAUGAGAAUGAACUUGUACCUGAACCGGAAAUUGUGCCGCUUGAUGUCUUUGAGGAGGAAGAGUCGGAAAUCAAUGACAGCGAUGAGGAUGCUCUCUGGAUGUCUUUCAUCAACAAUGCUGUUGGUCAGAUUUUGUCAGAACCGGAUGUGUUGUCUGGUAUCAAUCCUUUGCCCUCGUUCUGCAUCAAAGAAGAAAACAUCAAUAAUGUAACUGCAGAUAACUCGGCCUGGUUUCCAUUCCUGAAUAAAUAA